CCUCUUGGUCCCGGAUGUGGGAGGGGAGGGCCAGGGAGCCAAGACACUCAGCCAAGAGUGGAAGCUCCACAUCCAGCAGAAGCCUUAAAGAGGGAGAUGUGGCAGGGGCAUGAAAUCAGUGCCCGAGAUUUGGCCUGCUGAGUACGUCCUGAGGCACCUGCAGGAUGAAGGCUCUUGCCCUCCUCCUCCUCCUUGUCCUGGGGCUGCUGGGGUGUGGCAAGUCUCUGUGUCCAGUGGAUGAAGCCAUCAAUGAGAAGAUCCAGGAUGGCACCAGAUCCUUAAUUCUUGAGACAAUGAGGAACUUUGGCCUGAGCUGCCAGAGCAUCACCUCCAGGGGGGACCUGGCCACCUGCCCUGCAGGCUUCGCCGUCACCGCCUGCACCUGUGGCUCCGCCUGUGGCUCGUGGGACGUGCGCGCCGAGACCACAUGCCACUGCCAGUGCGCGGGCAUGGACUGGACCGGAGCUCGCUGUUGCCGCGUGCAGAUCACCGCCUGAGGUCCCCGGGGUCACGGUGCCGGCUGGGGGGCGUGGCCAGGCCUCGAGGGGGCGGGGUCAGGCCGCUGACGGGGCGUGGCCAGGCCUCGGAGGGGCGGGGCUGGAAAUAAACCCUGAGAAG